AUGUCAUCUACCUCACAGUGUACUCAUGUCAUCUAUCUCACAGUGUACUCCCAUCAUGUCAUCUACCUCACCGUGUACCCACCUCAUGUCAUCUACCUCACCGUGUACUCACCUCCUGUCAUCUUCCUCACCGUGUACCCACCUCCUGUCAUCUACCUCGCCGUGUACCCACCUGAUGUCAUCUACCUCACCGUGUACCCACCUCCUGUCAUCUACCUCACAGUGUACUCCUGUCAUCUACCUCACCGUGUACCCACCUCAUUCAUCUACCUCACCGUGUACCCACCUCAUGUCAUCUACCUCACCGUGUACCCACCUCAUUCAUCUACCUCACCGUUGUACCCCCAUCAUGUCAUGUACCUCACCUUGUACCCACCUCCUGUCAUCUACCUCACCUUGUACCCACCUCCUGUCAUCUACCUCACCUUGUACCCACCUCCUGUCAUCUACCUCACCGUGUACCCACCUCAUUUUAUAUACCACAGCGUGUACCCACCUGAUGUCAUCUACCUCACUGUGUACUCCCCUCAUGUCAUCUACCUCACCGUGUACCCACCUUAUAUAAUCUACCUCACCGUAUACUCCCCUCCUGUUAUCUACCUCACCGUGUACCCACCUCAUGUCAUCUACCUCUUCGUGUACUCAUGGCAUCUACCUCACCGUGUACUCCUGUCAUGUCAUCUACCUCACCGUGUACUCCUGUCAUCUACCUCACAGUGUACUCCUGUCAUGUCAUCUACCUCACUGUGUACCCAUGUCAUCUACCUCACAGUGUACCCCCAUCAUGUCAUGUACCUCACCGUGUACCCACCUCAUGUCAUCUACCUCUUCGUGUACUCAUGGCAUCUACCUCACCGUGUACUCCUGUCAUGUCAUCUACCUCACCGUGUACUCAUGUCAUCUACCUCGCCGUAUAUUCCCCUCCUGUCAUCUACCUCACCUUGGGUGUGGUGGGUUAAGAAUGUGAUUGGAGGAUUGAUGGAAGAUUGGGUGAGUGUUGAGUGUGGAGUAGGGGAGAUUGGAGGAUUGAUGGAAGAUUGGGUGAAUGGGGCGUGGGGAGUAGGGGAAAUUGGAGGAUUGAUGGAAGAUUGGGUGAAUGGGGAGUGGGGAGUAGGGGAGAUCGGAGGAUUG